CAGACACGGCCGCGCGCGGUGCAGCAGUGACGGGCAGCGCUAGUGCGAGGUGGGCCCGUGCGGGGGGGAAGGCGAGGCGGGAGGCAGGCGGCCGCAAGGGCCGAGCAGACGAGCUGCACGCAUCCCUCAGAGGUAAUGCAGCAGUCAGCUCCGGCAGUUUUUGCCCCCGCCUCGGACGGCUCUUUGGUUUGAGGAGGCCAUUUGUCGCAGACCCCCUCGGGCCAUGAGACAAGCAUGGCGAGAGGUCCUUUACCUUUUUCAACAUCUGGGGGCCCUCGCCUGCCCGCGGCAUCGCCAAAAGCCGGCUCGGGACGAGAAGCCUGUCCCAGGGACAAGGUCUAGACCGCUAGGGGUCCACGUCGUGACAAAUCUAUGACGUCGGGGUCUGGGUCCCUUGGUCGUUGAGUUGUCGUUUGGUCUCUGCCCCGCUCUUUGGGCCGGUUGGCCCGCCUUCUGGGCCUGUGUGCUUGGCCACUGGCCUUCAGUUGGGCAGGCGAACCACGGAGCCAUCCUGGAUGCGAGGGUGUGCUCGCUCUGUUUCCACCUGCGUCGCACAUCGACCCCUUUGCGGCGCAGCACGACUUCUUCAACAUGACGCCCCGGUCGUACGACAUCGCGGACUUCAGGUGCUUCCUCUCUGUGAUGGCGCAGAGGCCGUACGGCUUCCUCCUCGGCCACGGCAAGCGGAGCACCCUCGGCGAGGUGCACCUCGGCGACGGCGCCUACGCCCGGAGGCUCCGGGUCGACGGCCGAGCGGUCGUCUUUACGUUCAGCCUCAACCGCAGGAGCGGCCUGUGGGGCGUGGACUGCAUCCUAGCAGCAGGGCGGGGACGCUGGCUGACGCUGCGCGGCGCGCGCUGCGCUGGCUGACGCUGCGCGGCGCGGGCGGCGCCCGCGGCGGCGCUCCUGCCCUCCGGUCCUGCGGAGAGGCUCCGCGAGGCCUGCCGACCGGGCCCGCGCAGAA